CACAAAGUAGACACUGGUUACAGUUUGUUGUGACAAGAAAAAAUAUUUUUUUACUUUAUUAUAAAAAUCAGUUGAAAAUGGAAGCUCAAACGCAAAAUAAAACUUGGGACCUAUCUCUUUAUGAAUUGAAUAGGACACCACAAGAAGUGAUUACAGAUAAUUCUGAAAUAGCUGUGUCUCCACGCUCAUUGCAUUCAGAAUUGAUGUGCCCAAUAUGUUUGGACAUGCUUAAGAAGACAAUGACUACAAAAGAGUGCCUUCAUAGAUUUUGCAGUGAUUGUAUUAUCACUGCUCUACGAUCUGGUAAUAAAGAAUGCCCGACAUGCAGAAAGAAGCUCGUAUCGAAAAGAUCUUUGAGACCUGAUCCGAAUUUCGAUUGCUUGAUAUCAAAAAUAUAUCCAAGCCGUGAUGAAUAUGAAGCACACCAAGAGAAAGUAUUGGCAAAAUUCAAUAAGAAUCAUUCGCAACAAGCUCUUGUGAACUCAAUUACUGAAGGCAUCAAAUUGCAAACUCAAAACAGACAGCAGCGUCCAAAAAAGAAUCAAGAGGAGUCACAAAACGAUGGAGUUAAUCGAGACAUUUCAUCUAAUAGCCAAGGUAGCUCACAUGGUGAAUCCACACGUCAGUCUUCCAAUCCUCCGUCGGCACGCAGUACUCCAUCUCCAGUUCCAUCACAUUCAAGUUCAAUGAGUAAGCCAUCUAAAAGAGCUAGAUCAAUAAUGACUACAGAUCGGUCUGAUUCAGAAAGUAAUAGCGAAAUGACUGAAGAAGUUGACUCAAAUGCAGACACGGAGGGUGAUACAGAAGGAAAUGAUGAAAUUGAGUUAGUUUUUAAACCACAUCCAACAGAAAUGAAUAGUGAGAAUGUGUUGAUGAAGGCUCUUAAGGAUAAUACAGUGCGAUACAUAAAGACAACAGCUAACGCUACUGUUGAUCAUCUAAGUAAAUAUUUGGCUAUGAGACUGUCGCUAGAUGCACAAUUACCAGAGCCAACAUUCAAAGCUUUGACAUUUACAAUUUAUAUUACACCAAGCUCCACACAACUAGUUUCUCUAAAUGGCAAUCAAACGUUACAUCAAGUCAAUGAGAAGUUUUGGAAGACUAAUAAGCCGCUAGAGAUGUACUACUCCUGCAAGUCAUAGGCUUAAUUUCGUAAGUCUAAAAUAUUUGUGAAGAUUGGACUGUUUUUAAUCACAUUUGGAUUAAUUUUUGACGAGCUGUAUGAUUGAUAAAAAAAUUUUAAAUGUAUUGUGCGAUAUAUUUAAAUAUUAAAGUGAAAUAAAAAUCUGGAUUUUAAAUUUUACAUACAUCCUUUCAU